CGGCGGCGGAGCUGCCUGUGUGUGCCUAAUAGGAAAUAGUAAAAGCAGUGAGGCAGGUCAGUCAGUCGGGCAGCGAUUAGAUCCCAGCUCCGGACCUCACCAGCGCUGCCGUCCGCAGUGGUGGCAGGGGCAGCGGCGGCGGGCCGGCUGAGUAAAGUAGGAGUAAGGAAGGAGUAGCGAGGCAGUGGUUCGUGGGCUUCGGCUGGCCCAGCUGCUGCUGCUGCUGCUCCUCCUUCUCUUGCAGCUGCUGGUGGUGGCGCCUCCGCUCGCCGCCCCCCCUGCCGCCGCCCUCCGAUGAGCUCCUACUUCGUCAAUCCGCUCUACUCCAAGUACAAAGCGGCGGCGGCGGCGGCAGCUGCGGCGGCAGGAGCAGCAGGAGGAGGAGGGGGCGAGCAGCCCAUCAAUCCCGCUUACUACGACUGUCACUUUGCGCCCGCCGCGGCCGCGGCCGCCCUGCUCUACGGGAACAGCGCGGCUGCAGCGGCCGCCGCCGCCGCCUCGGGCUUCUCCCCUCCGCAGCCCCCACCUGGGCCUGGCUCGGGCGGCAGCGGCCCGGAAUACUACCAUCACCAGCAGCACCACGGGCACCACGGGCACCUAGCCGGAGGAAGCCCCUCAGCCUACCACCACCACCACCACCACCACCCGCCGCCGCCUCCUCUGGCCCCGCAGGGCCCCUGCGCCGGCCUGCCUUGUCCGGGAGAGCCUGCCAAGUUUUACGGAUACGAUAACUUACAGAGACAGCCGAUUUUUACGACACACCAAGAGGCCGAGCUGGUCCAGUAUCCUGACUGUAAAUCGUCCAGUGCUAAUAUUGGCGAGGACCCAGAGCACUUAAAUCAGGGCGCGUCUCCUUCUCCAAUGUUCCCCUGGAUGAGACCACAAGGUUGGACGCGAGCGAAACCCCCGCUUCCCUUUGCCUUUGGCGCCGCGGCAACCCAGUCGCUGCCUCCUUUCUUUCUUCUCUUUCUUCUCUUUCUUACUUUCCUCUCCUGCCUUUGUUACAGCAGCCCCAUUUUCCCUCUGCGCGUCUCAAGCCUUUCCUCUCCAAAACAAAUUACAACCCAGCAUCUAUCCCUAAAUUCAGAUCCCCGCUUUUCUCUUUCUUUCUUUCUUUCUCUCUCUCUCUCUCUCUCUCUCUCUCUCUCUCUCUCUCUCUCACCUAUAAUUAACAUGCAAUUAUUGCGGGUCUGGUAUAACUUCCAGGUUCCAGCACAUUUUCCACGAUUCCCUCCACCCCCUCCGAUAAUCAACCCCACCACGGACUGGAGGCCGUUAAGCCACAAAUGUUUUGAAUCGUGGGAUGAAACAAACAAACAAAUAAUUCGACCACUUUUUAGAAGUAGUCUCCUUUCAGGGAGGUGCUGCUGUGGCGCGUUAAGCGCAAGCGAGGCAAACAACCCUAGACCAGAUAACUCGGAGUACUUUGAUUUAAAGGGGAUUCCUCAACCUCCUCUCUGGAGAGGAAGCCCUGCUGAGUGCAGUGGGAUUUAUUUCUGGAUAAACGUGCCUGCGCUAAAUUUGUUCGCUGGAAUACAGCUGGAUCGAAUAGACUUGCCUUAGCCUCUGGUCAUGCAGUAGAAAGUACAUCCCACGGAGUUAGAUGACAUUUAUUCCCUAGGGCGUCACGAAGACCCCCGUGGGACUUAUUUCCCAGUAAACCAGUUUAGGAUGUUCUCCAGAUCUCUAAGCACGCGUCGUGUGCGCGCGCGGGAGGGGGGGGCAUUCUACUUGUUUUCAGUUUAUUUGUGGGGUUUCGUUUCGUUUUAAAGAAACGCUGUGCUUUUUUGUUUCGUCUCAAAUAGCAGCUCCUGGUAGGCGGAGAGGGAGACAGACCUACAGCCGCUUCCAGACUCUCGAGCUGGAGAAGGAGUUCCUUUUUAACCCCUACCUGACCAGGAAAAGGCGGAUCGAGGUCUCCCAUGCCCUCGGACUCACGGAGAGGCAGGUCAAGAUCUGGUUUCAGAACAGGAGGAUGAAGUGGAAAAAGGAGAACAACAAAGACAAGUUCCCAGCCGGCAGGCAGGAGGGGAAGGAAGGAGAGGAGGCCAAGACAGAAGUCCAGGAGGACCUUCUAGAAGAAGGAGCAGAAGGCCCGACGAAUUGAAGGUUCUCCUUGGCCAAAGACAAUGCCUGGGAGAGCGGGCGCGCGAGGGCACCAGCGGCCUCUCCUCCCGGCCUUCACGGGUCUUACUCAGGCACCUUUUUCACAAGGGCCCGACCUUGUCAGUCUGUUUGUUUUUUAAAGCUACCUUAUGAUGUUUCUGUACUUAGCUGAGAGUUUUAUUUUAUUUGUUACUGCACCCGGGGCGCCCUAAGCCGAGUCCCAGCUGGCUGCUGCUGCUGCAUCUUUCUCCAUUUCGCCCUUCACGUGGAAUUUGAUACGGAAAACUAUAUAGCAAUUUUGUACGCGUCCCCUCCUCGGUCUUUUUCUUCCUUCCUUUCUCUCCUCUCCUGUCCCCAAGCACAGAAAAGCCAAAGCCCAACCCAAAUGCUCGAAUCAAGCAAGUGCACUUGUAAUCUCAAAACUUUUCUUCCAAAUUAUUUCUUGUAAAGUAAAUUAAUUUAGACAUUAUAAUGAUUUUUUUUGCGGGGGUGUGGGAAAGGGGGAAGAAGAAGGGAGAUAUUUUAAUGGCACAUUGAUACUGAAUGAUCGGUAAUUGAUCGAAAUAAAGCAAAAGUGAUUCCACUGU